AUGUCUCAGGCCUACACGAACGACCACUCCCAGUCGGUCCUACAGACACACUCCUGGCGCGAUGUCAGUAAUUCGGCACCUUAUCUUCUUUCUCAUCUCCAGCCGACCAUGACCAUCCUUGAUGUUGGUUGCGGUCCAGGCUCUAUCACCAUCGAUCUGGCGCGAAAAGUUCCCCGCGGACAUGUCGUGGGUGUAGAAUACGUGUCUGAUCCACUGGAUGGAGCACGAUCGCUCGCCAGCUCCGCAGGCUUGACCAAUGUCCGGUUUCACAUCGGCGAUAUAUACGAUCUGCUGUUCCCCGGAAACAGCUUCGAUGUUGUCCAUGCGCACCAGGUUCUGCAGCAUAUCGCCGAUCCAGUCCAGGCGUUCAAGGAAAUGCGGCGCGUGGUAAAGCCUGGGGGGAUCGUGGCCGUGCAGGAGAUGGAGUGGUAUUGCACGCUGUCCGAUCAUCUCCUGAGUAAAGACGGCCUUACGGUUGGGAAACAAUCAUUCGACAGCGUCGUAGGACAAAUAAGACAGGCAAUCAUUGCGCUGUUCAAGAAAUUGUUGCUGUACCAGAUGAAGAGCGUCUGCUCGUACUACCGAAAUCAAGGAUUAACAUUUCUUCGCGAAAUCGGCAAAUGGGAUGACUGGGAUGGUGAACUGAACCAGGUUACGAAUGCUGAAAGCGUUGUCUUGCAGUAUUCGAAUCAGCAUUGCAAGGAACAUUCGAAGAGUGCACUCACUGAGCUUGUGGAAUAUGGAAACAAACUGCAACAGGAGCUUCGCGAGAUAAACAUGACUUUGCGAGACUUCUACAAAUCGCAAAUAGAAGCCCGGAAAGAAGACAAGGACGCGGAAUGUCUUCAAGAGCUCAAGACGGUCGAUCCGCAGUACGAUGUGGACGAAUUGGAGGGGGAAAAGACAGAUUGCUGA